CUGAGCUGGACUUUGUGACACACCCCACUGCCGCGCUCUGAUUGGACGAUACACGAGCGUCACUUCCUGCUGCGGUGGGUCACAUGACAAACAGGAAGCUGCUGGGAUCCUUUUUUGCAUGGGGCGAGCACCAUCCUGACAGGAAGUGCACAGGCGGAUGAACUCUGACCCCGGAACACAGCCAACAGAGUGACUGGUGGACCUGCUCUCCGUCAGAGCGGCGCCUCCCAGGACCCAGGAUCUGGUCUCGGAUCUGAUCUGAAUGGAUCAAACCAAAGUCCAGCCCGAGGGGGGGCUCAACGUCACCCUGACCAUCCGCCUCCUCAUGCACGGGAAGGAGGUUGGGAGCAUCAUUGGCAAGAAAGGAGAAACCGUGAAGAAGAUGAGAGAGGAGAGUGGAGCUCGGAUCAACAUCUCAGAGGGGAACUGUCCGGAGAGAAUCGUCACCAUCACCGGCCCCACGGACACCAUCUUUAAAGCCUUCGCCAUGAUCGCGUACAAGUUUGAGGAGGACAUCUUGAACUCGAUGAGCAAUAGCCCCGCCCCCAAACCCCCGGUGACCCUCAGGCUGGUGGUCCCGGCCAGUCAGUGCGGCUCUCUCAUCGGGAAGGGAGGGAGCAAGAUCAAAGAUAUGAGAGAGGAACUGUGGAACUAUGAUCAGUGUGUACACCAGAUCUGUGUCGUCAUGCUAGAGUCUCCGCCUAAAGGUGCGACCAUCCCCUAUCGACCCAAACCAGCCUCUACUCCUCUCAUCUUCUCUGGAGGACAGGCCUACACGAUUCAGGGACAAUACGCCAUCCCACACCCAGAUCACCUGACUAAACUGCACCAGCUGGCCCUGCAGACUCCUCCCUUUCCCCCCGUGGGACAGACCACCCCCGCCUUCCCUGGUUUGGAGAGUCCAGCCAGCACCCACGAGCUCUCCAUCCCCAACGACUUGAUCGGGUGCAUCAUCGGGCGUCAGGGCUCAAAGAUCAACGAGAUCCGUCAGAUGUCCGGAGCCCAGAUCAAAAUCGCCAACGCUCUGGAAGGUUCCACUGAGAGACAGAUCACCAUCACCGGGAGUCCGGCCAACAUCAGCCUCGCCCAGUACCUCAUCAACGCAAGGUUGACGUCUGAAGUGACUGGGAUGGGCUCCAUCUAA